UGUAGCUUUUCUUCCCUUCAGUACAAAUCCACCUUUCUUUCUCAAGUGAAAUUUCAUUAUAUUCUGAGUUUGGCAGGAUAUGUGUAUAGCUCUAAUGCUGAAAUCCAAGCUGUGUUUUUUGACUACUUUUUUGCUCCUGCAUCUUGUUCUGUCCUGCAUUUACAAUUGUUUUUAUUAUUUAUCAGCAAACAGCAGUUUCUACUCCAUAGUUGCCAAACAACUAGUUACUUUAAAAAAAACACCACUAAAUCUUUGUUAGCAUGGGUAGCAGUUGAAUUGAUCUCGACCGUGUAGACUUCAAAAAAUAAUGUUUCUAACACUUCUCAGAUUGGCCUACAGUAUUAGAGAUGAGUCUGGAUUGCUUGCCUGUGUACCAUUUUUCUAAAGAGUGAAUAGUAGUAGUUGGAGUACCUACAGAAGACUACUACAGAAUUCUUCUGCCCUCCUCUUCAAGGUCUCAAGAAUAUUGGAGUAAUGUAAUGGCAUAACAGUGUUUUAAUAUAGCAAUUUUUAUUGCCCUAUCCUCUAUCAUCCCUUCCUCUGGAGUCAGCAAAAGACUUAUAGGGCAGGCUUGCAUGUAACGGCAGCCCAUUAUGAUAAAUCACCACAAUGGAUUGCCAUUAAGUGCCAAGCACCCAGCAGAUGAUAGGGCUCAUUGUGAGGGCUUUUCUCUCAUUCUUCUUGUUGGUGUUCUAGGGGGGCACUCCAGGGAGGAAUGAUGCUUUUCUCUUUGACAGGAGAAAUCAAUGGGGUAAAAUAUAUGAAAAAGCCAUUAGCGCCAAUGAAAAGGUUUUAUUAUUGCCCUAUGCAUUUCAGAAACUGGUUUCCUUCAGGGGUCACUAGACAUCUGCUAGUGACAUCUGCUAGUGACUAGACACAUCUGCCUCCCCAUCCAGUUUGGCCCUACUUUCUUCAACAGUUACCGAUCAUAAGCUGAUCUUGGCUUUCUGCAGCUGUUAGCAAAUACGGAUUUUUUGCUGAAGUGCAGUGCAAAGAAAUGGAAAACAGGUUAGGCCCCCCGUGCCCUGGUCCAGUGGAGACCUCUGGAGCAUGGGUGGCUGUUUGAUCCACUCUUUGCUGCUACCCUGUUCUUGAGGCAGUGUCACUGGGUGGAACACUGGCUCCUUUCUGCCAAGUGGGGCAGCUUUAUGGUUGCUUAAAAAUUGUCUGCACCCUAUUGUACUAGUGGUGGGUUCUUCUGGCAUGUGGGCAACAUAAAAUGCUGCCCAUAAACCAUAGUUAAUGCAGAUGAAUAGUUUGUGGGCAGUAUCCUAUGUUUUCAGUAUGCAAACUGCAUGCAUACUGAAUAGUACUUUUAGUACUAUUUUAAGCAGGAGUUUCUCAGAAGAGAAGUGUAUGGUUCUACUUGUACGUAUAUGAGGCACUUACUGGCUCCUACCUAAAAGUAGAUCUCUUGGGGAGGAGGUGGGUUGCCUCUGAUAGUGAGGGUAAUCCUCAGCUGUGCGCUCUGGAUAGCUGCUUGGCAAUAACAGCACUGACUGCUCUUGCCCAGCAGCUCACUUAAGCUGGAGCUUGGUCCAUGAUGGGUUGUAAUUAUAGUGCAGUCAAAGCUUAGAAGGGACUGCUGUGUCUUAUUGUGGUUGACAACCUUACUGUGCUUAAUCACCAUGAGUGGGUUUGCAUGACACUGCGAACAAACCAUAGGAAGCAGUGUUUGGUUUUCCUGUCAUGCAGAUCAAGUUAUGAGCGGCACAGCAUGGCUUUACAGCAUGGCUGGACAGAUAUCUAGGUUGGGUGAGGGAGAUGGAGAGUAUCCACCAAUUGGUACAAGGUGGUGUGGUGAAAAGAGCAGUGGGAUAGUGUCUUUGACUGUUUUGUACAAGCUCUCAAGAUGGGCAGUGCCAAUACAAGCAGCUGUUGCUACAGCAGCUGGCAGUAGUGGUAGAAUUCUGGAGGGCACAGGCAUCCUGCAGCUGUUGCACCUCUGGAUUAACCUAGGGAGCCUGGCCUUUGCUAAAAUGAAGGAUAUGCGAACUAUUUUAUUCUUCCUUUCAUGUGCACUGCUGCUUACAAAAAAAUUAGCAGGGGAGUAAUAUGAUAACAUGAAUUUGUGACUAUACCAUGGGAAACACAGCUUUAUUUAAGGGUGAUUUCUAGAAAUUUCAAGUGUGUUUUAAAAACUGCUUAUUUUGUCAUUUUUCUUUUAUGUUAUUUUUGUGUUUUCCAGCAUGCAACAGUUGUUUCUGGACUUGCCUGUUCAGGGCCGUAUUUCCACUCAAAGGUUCACAUUGUUAUCAGUAAAUAGACAAUAAAUGAUGGACUUUCUGGCAGGGACCAGCCAGUUGAAUUGCUAAAUCCAGCCAGAGUAAACCAUAUGCCAAGUUCUGUUGAUGUGACCACAACACUACCCUUGCAAGCUGCACCAUCAGUAGUUCCUAUGGAUCUUCGCUUGGACCAUCAGUUCUCCAUGCCAGUAGCUGAGCCUACAUUACGUGAACAACAGCUCCAGCAGGAACUGCUCGCUCUCAAACAAAAACAGCAAAUUCAGAGACAGAUCCUCAUAGCAGAAUUCCAGAGACAACAUGAACAGCUCUCCCGUCAGCAUGAAGCGCAGUUACAUGAACACAUAAAGCAGCAACAGGAGAUUCUGGCAAUGAAGCAUCAGCAAGAGCUCUUGGAACACCAGAGAAAGUUAGAACAGCAUCGGCAGGAGCAAGAGUUAGAGAAACAGCACAGAGAACAGAAACUACAGCAGCUUAAAAACAAAGAGAAAGGAAAAGAAAGUGCAGUCGCAAGCACAGAAGUAAAAAUGAAAUUACAAGAGUUUGUCUUAAAUAAAAAAAAAGCUUUGGCGCAGAGGAACCUCAACCAUUGCAUUUCCAAUGACCCUCGCUUCUGGUAUGGGAAAACACAACACAGUUCUCUUGAUCAGAGCUCUCCGCCACAAAGUGGUGUAUCAGGCACUUACAAUCACCCUGUACUAGGGAUGUAUGAUUCCAAAGAUGACUUUCCACUCAGAAAAACAGCAUCUGAACCCAAUCUCAAAUUGAGAUCCAGAUUAAAGCAGAAGGUUGCUGAAAGGCGCAGCAGCCCCUUGUUACGACGAAAAGAUGGUCCUGUAGUAACAGCUCUUAAAAAGCGGCCAAUAGAUGUCACAGAUUCUGCAUGCAAUAGUGCUCCGGGAUCUGGCCCUAGUUCUCCAAAUAAUAGUUCCAGUAACAUAAGUGCUGAGAAUGGAAUUACUGGAUCAGUUGCGAAUAUUCAAGCAGAGUCCAACCUGGCUCAUAGACUUGUGAAUCGUGAAGGCUCAGUAACACAGCUUCCUUUGUACACUUCUCCCUCCUUGCCUAAUAUAACAUUAGGACUGCCUGCAACUGCCCCAACCAGUGGGGGCUCAGGACAGCAGGAUGCUGAAAGACUUGCCAUUCCAUCAUUACAACAACGAAUCUCCAUAUUUCCUGGCACCCACCUCACUCCUUAUUUGAGCAGUACCACAGUGGACAGGGAUGGUGGAACCACACACAACCCUCUUCUUCAACAUAUGGUCUUACUGGAACAACCAACUGCACAAAAUCCCUUAGUCCCAGACUGGUAUCUUUCAGGGCUUUCACUCCCCCUCCAUGCGCAGUCCCUGGUGGGUACGGAUCGACUCUCUCCCUCAAUACAUAAACUGCGGCAACACCGCCCUCUGGGGCGCACACAAUCUGCUCCUCUUCCCCAGAAUGCACAGGCCCUCCAGCAAUUAGUGAUCCAACAACAGCAUCAGCAGUUCCUGGAAAAACACAAACAGCAAUUUCAGCAGCAGCAGCUGCACAUUAACAAGAUGAUACCAAAAUCAAAUGAGUCUUCCCGCCAGCAUGAAAGCCAUCCUGAAGAGACUGAAGAAGAAUUACGAGAACACCAGGCAUUUUUAGAGGACCCAUAUAUUGACAGGAUAUCAAAUCAAAAGGAAGUUCCAGGGUUGACAAGUAUGGUCCAGGUGAAGCAAGAACCUCUUGAAAGUGAUGAAGAUGGAGAGUUGCAACAAGAACUAGAACCAGGGCAGAGGCAAGCUGAGCAGGAGCUACUAUUCAGACAGCAAGCCCUUCUAUUGGAGCAGCAACGCAUUCAUCAGCUGAGGAACUACCAGGCAUCCAUGGAAGCUGCUGGCAUUUCAGUGUCCUUUGGAGGGCAUCGACCACUUUCCCGAGCCCAGUCUUCUCCUGCCUCUGCCAACUUCCCCAUGUCUGUUCAGGAGCCACCCUGUAAGCCCCAGUUCACAACAGGCCUUGUGUAUGACACCUUGAUGCUGAAACACCAAUGUACAUGUGGAAACACAAACAGUCAUCCUGAACAUGCAGGGAGAAUCCAGAGCAUUUGGUCACGGCUUCAGGAGACAGGCCUGCGAAGCAAGUGCGAGUGUAUUCGUGGAAGAAAAGCAACUCUGGAAGAGCUACAGACUGUUCAUUCAGAAGCCCACACACUGCUUUAUGGUACCAACCCUCUGAACAGACAGAAAUUGGACAGCAAGAAACUGUUAGGCUCUCUGACGUCAAUGUUUGUCAGGCUCCCUUGUGGUGGUGUUGGAGUUGACAGUGACACAAUUUGGAAUGAAGUGCAUUCAUUCAGUGCAGCUCGCCUUGCUGUUGGCUGUGUCAUAGAGCUUGUUUUUAAAGUAGCUACAGGAGAACUAAAGAAUGGAUUUGCUGUAGUUCGACCUCCUGGUCACCAUGCAGAAGAAAGUACACCCAUGGGCUUUUGCUAUUUUAAUUCUGUGGCAAUUUCAGCCAAGCUUCUUCAGCAGAGAUUGAAUGUGAACAAGAUCCUCAUAGUGGACUGGGAUGUACACCAUGGAAAUGGUACUCAGCAGGCUUUCUACAAUGAUCCUAAUGUUCUUUAUAUUUCACUACAUCGCUAUGAUGAUGGAAACUUCUUCCCAGGCAGUGGAGCUCCCGAUGAGGUUGGCAUUGGACCGGGUGUUGGUUUCAAUGUUAAUAUGGCAUUUACUGGUGGUCUUGAUCCACCAAUGGGAGACACAGAAUACUUGGCUGCUUUCAGAACAGUAGUAAUGCCUAUAGCUAAUGAGUUUGCCCCAGAUGUUGUGCUGGUGUCCUCUGGUUUUGAUGCAGUAGAAGGUCAUCCCGCACCACUUGGAGGAUAUAACCUAUCAGCAAAAUGCUUUGGGUAUCUGACAAAACAGCUCAUGGGUCUGGCUGGAGGAAGAAUUAUUCUGGCCCUUGAAGGAGGCCACGACCUGACAGCCAUUUGUGAUGCUUCUGAAGCAUGUGUUUCUGCUUUGCUAGGAAAUGAGCUUGAUCCUAUUCCUGAAAAGGUAUUACAGCAGAGAGCAAAUGGCAACGCAGUGCAUUCCAUUGAAAAGGUUAUUGAAAUACACAGUAAGUACUGGCACUCACUCCAGCGUUAUUCCUCAACAGUCAGCUAUUCUUUGGUAGAGGCACAGAAGUGUGAGAAUGAAGAAGCAGAGACUGUAACAGCCAUGGCAUCACUGUCAGUGGGAGUCAAGCCACCACCUGACAAAAAGCCAGAUGAGGAGCCCAUGGAAGAAGAUCCUCCCCUGUAGCACUCAUCUGUAGGUUGAAAUUGUCCUGUUCGUUUGUCUUGUCCUGAAACUCUGCCAAGAAGCUUUCUCAUGUUACUCCUGCAUCCUGUCAUGGUUUUCUUCCAGACGACAGCAAGGCAGCCAUGCAUGAAAGAAAGCUAAAUUUCUCCGUACCUGUACAGAAUGUGUUUAUGGGAAAGAAAAAAUGCAGGUGAAGAGCAAGUACAUGAAAGACAUGGGCACUGAGCAUUUUCCCUCUUUUCCUGAAUGGGAGCGAUGAGAGGCAAGAAGCCAGUGAAGUAUUUGGCAGAGUUGCCAACAUACACACACACACACACACACGAAAUCAAAGAUUUAACACAGAUGUGACAACUUUCAUUUAAAACUGGUGCUUGAAGUUUGAUUACCCUCCAUUCAGACCACUCAAACAUUAGUGUAGUUUUGUUUAUGUUUUAUUUUUGUGGCUCUUGCCUACCUGUGAUUGAGACACUCUUUUCAAAACCCAAACAAUAUGAGAAGAUGUGUUUUUUUUCUUCAUAUGAAGGGUGAAAAGAGAACUAAGCUUUUUAUACCUAUACAUGCAGACUAUAUAUAUAUAUACACACAUAUAUAUAUAUAUGGAGAGGAGGAACAUAAAACAAGGAAGAUAGCCCAGAAAGGGGAUCGGCUUUAGCAUCUCCAAAGCCAUCUGAAGUGUUUGUGCCUUUUAAAAACAUAGUUUGGAUUGACUUUGGGCAGCUGGUUUUUUCUGAUGUUUUGAGGAACAAUGCCUUAAAGAAAAGCAAAGAACUCUGCAGCAGUUCCUCUGGCAGGGUAGGCCAAGAACUGCAAUCAGCAAGAAAGGCUCUAGGGUUUCUGCUAGCACGAGUGCUUAAAGCAAGGAAUGGCCAGAGUUUCUCCAAAACUGUCUACAAGUUUGGGUUUUGGUUUGGUUUGGUUUUGUUGCUGUUUAAAAUAAAAAUUAUGGUAGUUGCCAGCAAUGUGGCAAAUUCUGUUGGGUUUCUAAAAUUCAACAAUUAAAAAACUAACUUCCAGCAUCUCCUAUACAUUAUGUAUAACCAUUUAAACUAUCAAUUUGGUUGUAAGCGCAUGCUUCAGAAAGAAAUGCAGUUUUUUUUAAAAAAAUUGGAAUGCUUUUUAUUAAAAGCAACUAGCAUGAGAUAUUGCUUAAUAUUUUAGGUAUUAUAUAUAUAUAUAUGUAUAAUGUAUAUUCCAAAUGUAUUCCAAGCUUAGAAACAAGACUCUUACAAAUUAUUGAUAAAAUAUUUAUAAUGCAUUUAUACACAAUAUAUAAAUAAAUGCAGAUUACAAUGGUAGCCAUUGGAAGUUCCCUUGCAAAAGAUUUAUUUGUGAAAUGGAAUGUAAGGGUUUUUAGAAAAGGAAUCUAGUUUGAAACUUGACCAUUUUCAAACUGUAGUUUGGAAUGUUUUCAGAAUGCCAACAUUUUAGCCACUGGGCAACUACCCUAAACAAUUCUAUUUUAAUUUAAGGUUUUUCACUUUGAUCCUCUCCUUAAAAAAUGAGUUUUCUAGCAAAUAUGUACUUGCUGCUGUUUUACUUCAUUUUGGUUUUCAUAAAAGCCCUGGAACAGCCUUAUUUGCAUGAAUUUUCAUUUCUAGUUCCCAUUUGACAACUGUGUUUCCAAAUAGUAACUGUUAUCUGGACCUGUGUCAUUUUUUCCUGCACGCUGAAGUUUGUGUUUGAACUUCUGUACAGUCAGCAGUUUCAUGGUCAUGUCAGAUGGGUUGCAGAUUGUGAGGCUUUGUUUUCCAAAAGCCUUUUCACAAAAGAAAGGAUUCCAAGGUCUUUUUUAUAUCAGGAAACUGAUUGUGUAUUUUCUCUGUUCUUCAGUCAUAGUUGCUAUGCUACAUAAAAAUAAGGAGCUUUCUUUCCUUAAAAGCAUACUAGUAUUAGAAAGAAUGAUGUAACAUAUAUCCUCAGUAUAGAGUGUGGCAAGGAUUAUUAAAGGCAUUAAUAACUUAAAUGACCAUAUUGAGGGUCUGCCAAACUUUGUUGGUGCAGUUACACUAACACACACAGAACAUUUCCUGAACCACUCUGAUUGAGUAAGUCCUUGAAAAGACUAUUUCACAGUGAAGAAUUAUAAUCAUAUUAAUAAUUUAAUUCUUGUUGGCUGGGAGAGUGCUAAUCCUUGCCAUCAUUUCCUUUCCUCCAUUGCCUUUUGAGGUGAGGGGAGUUGACCCUCAGAGGAAGUAACUAAACUUUUAGUAGUGAUAUAAGGUGGCUGGAGUUCAUGUGUUCUUUUUCAAGCAGUGUAGGGUCUGCCAUGUCCCUCGUCUGCAGCACCAGUUGUAUUUUAGAGGUUUUCCUUGUUUAAAUUUUUGUCAUGAUAACUGACAGGGUCACAAUGUAAUACCUUGUUUCUGGUUCUGAUUUUUUUCUUCAUUCCAUAAAGAGUGGAGUUUAGAGAAUUUAAACAUGAUUUUGAGUGAGUGCAGGAGAGUGUUUUAAUCCCUUUAUUUAAUGUUUGAUAUGCAAUUUCUAAGACAGACACUACAACAUUUGAGUUCUUGCUAACCCAAAUACAUUCAAAUUGAUGAAUACUUUUUGGCAUUAGAACUGCUAGGAACAUACUCUAAGAGUAAAAUUUGACAGGCAAGAUAAAAUGUAUAUUUUAUAAAAUGACUACCUUGCUGCUGUGAUCUAAAAAGAUUUUUUGCUGUGGAAUCACCUGAUUUCAUAUUUUGUUAAAUUACCCUUAUUAUUGCUGUUGGGGAAAGUGAUGCAUUUGUAAUCACUUAAAUCUAAAAUACAUUUUAUUUUCAACACUUCUUUACAUGUUGUCAAAAUAUGAACUUUUUCAUUGCAAGAAUUGUUGAUAACACAACUCAACAACGUUGACAAGAUGGCCUGAACUUACUUGCUUUCAAUGUUGUUACUUCUAAGAUGAUUCAUUUGUUUCUUACAAAGAAGUUGCUACAUCAUUGUCAGUGCAAAUCUUUCAAGAGUGACAAACAUCUUUGUUAUACAGUAGUCUGUCCCACAGUGUAAAGCUCUUGGAUCUGUUUACAAUGGCAGUGACACAAUCUCACUCUGGGUUUUCUCUGCAGUUAGUGCAGCAGAAUGAGAAUAUUGUAUAACACCAGUUGGGGAGGUACCACUGUAGCCUUGAUUUUUUUUUUUAUUUUUUUAUUUUUUUGGGUGGGGGGAGAUGUUUACUUAACCAGGACCUGAUGUGGAAAGGCUUAUGAGGUCUGAGAUUGAACUAAGAGUUGGCGCAGAUUUUGGCCACGUGCUUGCAAUUCCCACAUUUUUAUAUACUACCAAUAUGAGGUACCUGAAUUCCACCAGCAAGAUACUAGAGGUUGUUUUUACUAAUCCAGCUUCCAAGAUAUUGGGGUAGCUUACUGCAACUUUUCUCUUGUAGCAAUUUAGAAACGAAGGAGCAUCUUAAAUCGGCAUCACCAGGAUGUGUCUCCCAGGUUGUAGUACACAGUACUAACAGUUGAAUAUUUGGGAUUUAUUUUACUUUCAGUACACAAACAUUCCUUUUUAUCAGUCACGCACUCAUUCCAUUCUUCCUUUUGUAAACUUUUGGGCCCACAUUUUAUGGGCAUUGAAAUAUAUAAAUAUAUAUAUAGAUAUAGAUAUAGAUAAAAUAUAUAUGAAUAUAUUUUUUUAAGUUUCCUACACCUUGAGGUUGCAUGGUCUGUUAGGUUGGCAUGUCUUUAUAUUGUAUACAGAUUUUGCACGCCACACUUGGCAGCUUUGGGUGGUGGGGGGCAUCCCCUUUAAUGGCAUUAGCAAGAGAUAAAAGGUUUGGAUGUUUUUCGUCAUGCAAAUUAAAAAUUAGGAGCAUGGAGGGGAAAAGAGUUUGUCUUACUGAACUUAUUAAGGACCUGUGCUUUUUAUUGUAAAGUAAUUAAAAAUACAAAGGACUUAAACAUGUCAUUUUAAGAAAAAAAAUAUCUAGCACUUGUGACAAACCAAUAAUAGAGUUUAUUGUAUUUAUGUCAAAAUAAUGGUCUAGGGGAAACUACACAGAACACACAGACUGCCUGUGUCAUUUUGUAAGGGGAAAGGGGCGGUGCUUUCCUUUAGGCAGGGAAGGGGUAAGGCAGGCACAAAACUAUGCCAACUUCUUUUUGUAUUAAUUCUCAGAUGAAAAUGACAACUUUAAGAGUUAACUCUUCAGCACAGCUGUGUUAACAUUUUUUUAAUUACUUGGAAUGAUGUCUCAAUAGAUUUCACUUUUAAGCAGUGAUGUACUGUGCAAACACUGUGGUUUCAAACACAACUUUAUAUCAGCAGGAAAUGAAGUGUCUUCAUAGUGAUAGUUGAGCUUGGUUUCCUCCCAGCUUCACCUUGUAUUUGAUAUUGAUUAAAAAGAUUCCUAAUGAAAGAAUGAAAAACAAAGAAUUUUAACACUUCUGGUGCUCUACGUUGGAGGCGCUAUAUAUAUGGGAUGAAAAACUGUUCACCCAAGAGCUUAUUACAAAUAUGUAGUACCAAAAGUUGUAACUCUUAUAUUCUGCUUUAUGCCUAUACAUGCUCAGUAUGUUGUCACCAUUGGUAGCAGCUACCAGUUUAUUCUGUAACUUAGACACAAUUUCACUCUUUAGUGUAUGAACCCUUUAAGUGAUGGUAGCAUAUUCUUUGUACUUAAAUUUUCUUAUGACCUUUUUCCUUUACUUGGUGGAGUUAAAAGUUUUGGGUUAUUUUUCCUAGCGCGCUCUCAUUCCUGUUUUUGUUAUUUUGUUUUACUUGUUUUUUACUGGCCAAUGGUGUCUUUCUCUGACAAUACCAACUUCAAUUUCAACUUUAAUAGAAGUCCAGUAUUUUGUACCACAUUAUGACAACUUGUUAUUCUUGUGGUGUAAAUAAAAAGAUAAAGUGAAUUAUAGUACCAUC